AUGGUAUCAAUGCUAUUCUUGGAGGGUAUUAGUACUGCGCAAGUUCCAACCGCGAGGGAUCAUCUAAUGCAGUUCCCUAAACUUGGAUUGACUAAGUCACAGAGAUUAGGGGAGGUGGCAAUUUGGAUGGCAGUGUUAUGGAGAAUUUGGAAGGUUCGCAACAUGUCUGUUUUUGAAAAUGCAAAUGUGGCUGAUAUGGAUAUGGCUCACUCAGUGGAGCUAUUUCAAGUAAAGGUCUGGCAGUGGUUGCGUGCCAAAAUAAAGGGAUUUAUCUACACUUGGGUUGAAUGGCAACAGAACCCUUAUGUUUGCCUCAGGCUUCGUUUGGAUUGA